UUGAGGGAAAAAAGUGCUAUUCACCGCAAGGUUUCUCAGACGUUCUCUACUCAGUACACCACAUAUAAGAACAAUCACGAACUUCAUCGUUUCUCGAGGUUCCUGCAGAGAAUAAAUCUAUUUUUCAUCUUUCUCAGUUUUAUAUGGGUGUUUCUGGGUUAGUCGAGGCGAAAACAAGUGCACGAAAACAUGAACGACAAAAGCUCCGAACAGGUUCACAACAUGGAAACUUCACACUUCCUGUCAAAUAUUCUACACAUUAGUGGUUUUCUGGAGUUGUCUUCAACAAGUAAAAAAUAGUGUUCCACUGGCACUAGCUUUUCAUUGUUAUCAUUUAGUUUCCUUUAUUAAGAAGCGUUUCAUCAAACAGUUUUCAACGAAGAGGCAGCUGUAUAAAAAAUGACAGAGAAAUACGAUCACCUUGACCACGUCAAUUUACAAGACAACGAUGAAAUGACUAAUGGUAAUUUUUCUGACAUAGCGACCAGCACAGAUUCUCAGCCAGACCUAUCUAACGGUAACCAUAACAACGCAUACAGCGUGUUGACGGAACAGGAGCUAUCCCAAGUUGAAAUGUUUUUUCGAAGUCAAAAAACAUUCGUGUUUGUGUGUCCGUGUUUAGCAAAUCUGUAUUUUGCGAAAGCAGGAGAUAAAUGGGCACCGGGACAGAGAGGAAUCCCUGUUCUGCUUUUUGAUAGAGGAGAGACGAGAGCACGAAGCAAGCGCAGACUCAAAGUGGUCCUUGCCGAAAGGGGCACGGGUUUCAUUCUUUGGCAUGAUGUUAUCGAUAAUUUGACGAACUAUCGUGCGCAGGACAACAGUUUUCAUACCAUGUUUCAGUCAGCUGAUCACAGUCAAAUGGUUGGUUUCAGUUUUGAUAGUAAAACAGCUGCCAGUCAGUUUCACGAACGAGUCGAACUGUUGACAUCAGAUCCUCUGAACAUUUCUUUAUCCGUUCCCAAAGUGAAAGGAAAAUGCACUAAGAAGAAGCCAGAAAAGGUGAAAUUGCCUAAGAAAUGCGACAUUUCUCUUCCUUGCUGUUUUGAGCAUGUCACAAGCAUCGAUAUCGGAGAUAAAGAGCAGUUCUAUACAUUAGCAAGUUUGGUGCAAGCGAAGUCCGAAAAAAUCUGCCAACAGCUAGUUGGCGACUGACAACUGUUGAUUGUUUUCUGUGGUUUUUUUUUCACACCAGGGGAAUAAAUUAUGCUAGAAUGCUGUAAUUAAUUCUUGCAGUUAGUCAAACGUAGAAAGAUUGUUGAUACCAUAGAAAUUCAUAACUUUGGAAACUACUUAAUUAACUGAUACUAAUUAAAUAGCUAUAAAAAAUGUGACGGCUAAUAAGUGUUUGAUAUUUUAAAAUGUCGGCAUUCAACCAAUGAUGACGAAGUAUGACGUAAUGCUAAGAAGACUAAAAAUUUGACAAAGAGAAAACAAUAAAUAUUUUCUUUCUUUAAAUUUCAGUGAAUCAUAUUUUGCAUGAUAUAAGUUUAAUUUAUUUUAAACGUUCUCGUUGCGUGAAAAUUGCCAGUGUUUGGAUUUCUGUUUAUAAUGCCGGUUGGAAGAACACAAUUUCGAAAGAAUGUCCACUAUUUUCUGUGUUACCUUUAUUGUUUACAUAAAGCGUUUCAAGCUAGCCUUAAAACAACAAAUUCAAGACAAUAUCUUUAUCGUAGUUCUUAUAAUUUUCAAUAGGCUUUUCGCUCAUAAAUCGAAGUGUGUUUGUAACUUAAGUAUCAUGUAACGGAAUAAGGCCUGAUUUAACGUUGUUCGUUGUUAGUUAUUUUAUAAUAGACAUGGUAAAAUCAAACAAGACAACUCAUUUGUUGCAGACUGAUUACUGUUGAUUAACACAGUAAAAACAAACAAGACAAUUAUUCUGUUAUAGACUUUUUUACUGUAAACUAACACAGUAAGAACAAACAAGACAACUCUUCUGUUGUAGACUGAUUACUGUAGACUAACACUGUAAAACAAACAAGACAACUCAUCUGUUGUAGACUGAUUACUGUAGACUAACACAGUAAAAACAAACAAGACAACUCUUCUGUUGUAGAUUGAUUACUGUAGACUAACACUGUAAAAACAAACAAGACAAUUAUUCUGUUAUAGACUUUUUACUGUAAACUAACACAGUAAAAACAAACAAGACAACUCAUCUGUUGUUGACUAAUUACUGUAGACUAAUAUAGUAAAAAAUAAGUUUGACUAUUAUUUACUAAUCAAGUACACGUAUUUAUAAUUAGCCUGUUUGUCGCGAUUUUCUUUAGAUACUGGAAGAAUGCUUUAAUUUCACCUGUGUUCCAAGCUUGUCAACACGCAUGCUUAAAAGAUUUUUAUCAUUUUUUGUUGUUGUUGAUACAUCUCAUAUGUUUCGUACUUUGAACUUACAGUUUAGUGAAUUUACAUGGUCAUCUAUAGUCUUCACUUUGUAAUGACAUUCUAAAGUUUCUACGAAGAAAAUAUUUAACUACGCUUAAGAUAUACCGCUAAUGACAGUGUAAGUAACAUCGAAUAUUACAAAAGCUGUAUUUUACACUUGCUUCUCACUAAUCUGAAGUGUAUGAAAUAUACGCAAAAACACACGUGAACUGUUGCAUGUCUUACAAAGCGUUUUCGACAGAGACCGAACUAUCUAAUUGUAAGCAGAAAAAUCUUGUGUCGAUUUGAUCUUUUUAACACCUAGUUGUAUUCUGAAUAGAAAAAACAACAACAUAUAAUUAUAGUUUUUUUUUCUUCUUCUGUGAUAUUCAAUUUCAUAAGUGAAAAUUACAUUUUAUUAAAUGUGACGGCCUUUUUUGAUUGUCUGGAAUAAAAUAAUGUUCCAGAAGCAUCAGAUUAUAAAGUCUGUUUGGAAAGAACUAACUUUUCAGACAUUUUAUUUUGCCAUCGUUAUGCCAUCUUUAAACACACCAUUCCUUUAGCAGCAGUCAUUGGUGGCUAGUUAGUUUUCUCUGUCGUGGUCUAAAAACAAUUGCAGCGUGAUUUUCAUAAAUAUAGAUAACGGGUUAAAUCUUUACAAAAACAAAUCAUGGCGGUUAAUUUAACAUUGCUUAUUAUUAUAACUUUUUUGUCCUUGUAUUAUGUUGUAUAAAUAUUGUCUAUAAAGUUGGAAUCAAUGUAAAAACGUUUUGAUCCAACCUGGACUUUUUGCAGUAAACUUAAUCAAGAAGCGUAUUUAUUUACAGAAAAUUAUUUUAUUUGACAAAUAUCGAAUCCUGCCACAUAUGAGGUAAUAAGAUUGUUUCUAUCAUUAAUAUUAUAUGAUUUUUAGCAUUAUAUGAUGUUUGGCAUUCAAGGCUAAAUUUAUAAUUAAAUUGUAUUGUAUGAAGUUACAUUUGUAAUGUGAUGCUUUCGUGGAACAUUUUACCUAAGAUAUUAAAAUGGCGCUUUAUUUACGUAACCCUAAAUAUAUUGCUUUCAUUUAGCGUUAAUUCGCGAGUAAAAGUAUUAGUAACUCUGUUACACGCAGUUUCCACACUUACUUAACAUAUCACCUGGAUAAGAAUGAGCAAACAAAUGUUAUGAUUUCGCAAACCUUGAACAAAUCGGAUAUUUUACAUGGUGAAAAAUUCAUAAAUUGGCGAAACAGGAUAGUUCGUUAGGCCUAACAAGUGCGUGACUGCAAUUAGUUUUGGUAUCAAUGGAAAAGCCUCUUGGGCAGUGUCUAGUGGUAGACAAAAGGUAGUUUUGAAAAGCAGUUCUACGCAUAUUGGAUAGGAGAUCUAUAAACCACAAAGUAAAGUAUUUUAUUCAAAAAUAUUCGCUUAAAGUAUUCUCUCCAUCUUUGUUUUUUUUUUUUAGUUAUGUUAGCGAAGUCUCUUGUGUUCAGCCUUUCGUACAAUUCCUUUCAACUUGGCGAAUCGUUAAACUUUUGCAUGCACGUUAACGAACUGCUUAAUAGAAAAUAACAUGGUCGUUUUUCUUCGGUGCAUCUUUUCUCAAGAUUGUAAAGCUUUGUUGCGUGGUACUUAAACAGUUCAAAUCAAAAUUGUAGCUUAAAACAGAUCUCGGCACUGGUUAAUUUUUAUCAUUUUGUGUGUCUUGAUAGAGGUCAUUAAUAAACGCUUUAUAGUCUAUAGUUUCUUGUAGAACAUCUUAUACAUAAUAUUUAUAUAGCUAUAAAUGCUUAUCUGAUCCGUAACUCAUUUUAUGGGCUUUAAUUCUUUGUAGAAUAUUUGAUAUAUAUAAUUUAAGCUGAACUUUUCAUACAGAAGCUAUAAGUGAAUUCCAUGUUAUAUAUAUACACAUGUAUAUACACAAAGAGUAUUGUAACUUUAAUUAGGGAGUCGUAUCCAACAAAUUGCAAAAUCAUAUCGAUAUCGAUAUCUGUAAUACUUCAUAUACUAGAAUAUCAUCUUAUAUGUGAUUACAUACUUUAAAAUUUUAUUGAAAAUUUUUAUGUUGUGAAGAUGUAUCUUCUUAGAUAAUCACAUAAUACUGAUAUAGAAUUAAGCCUCUAAAUUAUUCUUUGAAUAGUUAUUAUCUUAGAUAAGUACGUAACCUCUAUAAGGAUUACUCUCUGAAGAGUAAUGUUGAUUUUAGACCAUUUGACACUCUUGAAAAGUAUUACACUUUGAGUAAGUUAUACUCUCAGAUAAUUACACAACAGUGAUUACGGAUUGCUAUUUUUAAAUUAUCAAAUAUUUCUGAAAAUAAUUACACUCUGGAUAAUUAAUUAUCUUAGAUUAUCAGGAUUUUAACAACAUUGGCAAAGCAUUAUUCUUUGAAGGCAAUAUUAGAACUUUUAGCACUAGUUAGAUGCUAUGCUCUUUAUUUUAUGAAAUGAAGUUAUUAUUUUUUUCUACAAAAACAACAGUUGUUUAAGCAAGUUUAAUUUUUGUCAGUGUUUUAAGAAAAGUAUAUUUUUCAUGUUUAUUAUUUUUCAAAUUCACGUGAUAAUUUCAUUAGCUUAAUUUUCAUUACUUGUUCCAAUACUGUGGAUCUGAGAAUUAUUUCAUCUUACUAAUAAAAAAUAUUAUUCA